AUGACUUAUACGCCGUCUUAUGCUAACGACGAACAUCGCCGCAUCGCCGCCGCUGCUCUGCGGCUCUCGCACCUGAACACGGCCAAUGACGUCCGCGACGAUGCUGCUACUUCUAGCCCAGACCGGCAACUCGGCGGGAGGGAGGCAGAGCCUGACAGUCCCAUCGUGCUGCCCCAGGCUGCCUUUAUCCUCUCGUCGGCCGCAGAGUCUGGCUCCGUUGAUGCCGAAGGCGAUGUCGACGUCGACACCGACCGAGAUGCGGAGGAUUGGCGGCGGAUGAAGGUCAAGAUGGGCAGCAGUCGAGGCUCCAAGGACAGCAGCCUGCGCCGCCACGACGUUACCUCGCACACUUGUCACAGCCAUCACAGCUACCAGAGCCAUCAGAGCAGACACAGCCAGGCCAACUGCCAUGACCGGCAUCGUGUCGACCCAGACCACGAUAUGGAGGAAGACGAGGGCGAGGACGACCCCAUCGACGAGCCAGGCUGCUCGCAUGAAAACGCCUUCUUCAUACUUCUCCGGAUAUCUUUCUAUCUACCACCCUUUACGAUCUUUGCUGCCCUCUACGCCUUUCUAUCACUAAUAUUCCUUCUUCUCGCCAUACCCUUACGCCUCUGCCCACCCUCGCAAUUCUUCAAGCCGCCAACCUCCCUCACCGAACAGACAUGUCGACUUCUCGUCCCCUUACUCAGGCUGAACCGUCGGAUAGUAACCAGCACAAAACACAGCCGUCGCAGCCACCCCAAACGCACCGCCAGAAGGCACCAUAGCACACAUUCUACCACGUCGACCAUAACCUCGCCCAGGCAGUCGUACACAAACUCCACGCCUGUCUCAGCGUCAUUUUCAAGUUACACCAUCCCCACCCAGCCUGUCACCGUCACCUCCAGGCCGUAUUCAAACUACUCUGCGCCCAUGCUGGUUGCCGUCCACCUGCUCUCCCCCCUCCUGCUGCCUCCCACCUUGCUCGCGGCCUGGAUAUGCGCCUGUUUCUGGAUUUUCGUCAUGAUAAUGGGCAAUCCGGACGGCAAGGAGAAGACCGACGAUGGCCGCGCUGCCGUCUUGGCGGUUAGGAAUUGGUGGUGUCUCUGGCUCGCGAGCGCAAGGAGGAAGAGGAAGAGAAGCGGGACAGAGGCCGUAUAG